GGCCCUGACCUGCUGCUGCUGCUGCUGCUGCUGCUGCUGCUGCGAAGUGAAACGUCGCCGGAUCGACUCCCUGUAAGGGACUGAGCGCGUAUAUAGGCAGAAUCAGAGGAAAUAACGCGGCGCAACAAACAAGAAGGGCGUAGAGAAUAACAGGAAAACGCUGGUAUGCAGCUAACUGAAUGGAGGAACACGUGAAGACAAGCGGGGAAUAAGGACGCGGUUCUUCUGCUGAUUCUGCCGCUGCGUUUCCGGAGCCUCGGUACCUUCAGAGGAUGCUGCAGCUCUCAUCAUCAGCUCAUCAUCCGAGCCUCCUCAGCUGCAUCUCACUCUGAUUACCGCUGGAAGACGAUGUGCGAGCAGACAAGAAGCUGGGAGGCUUGACCAGGUUUUCCCUGAGCAUCUGCGAGGAUUUCUCUCUCUCUCUCUCUCUUUUUAUUUUUAUUUUUUGUAUUUUACGCGCAGCAGCUCCCUUCAGUCGCAUCACUGCCGACUUGUGUUAAGGCGCAAAGGAGGGAAAAAAGACACACUUGAUAUUCUCCUCGCUGUUAAAUUAUUUAUCUGUUCCUCAAGCUCAACAUAUGCUGGAGUCUUUGUCUUACAUCUCCCGUGCAUGAUUCUUAAAGGCAGCCGAGGAGAAGCGGAGGGGACGCGGAUGAAAGCCGAUGGCCAGGCGCCCCAAAUUUGCUCAGAACGGGGAUGCAACCUAAAGUAACCCCUGUGUCAAAUGCUUUCCGCGCAUCGCCAGCCGAGGCAGCCCUGAAUCUGCGACACGUCCCCGGCUUCUCCUGUGCCGCCCCCCGCCGCCCCCCUCAGCGCCCGGAGCCCGGACACCGGCGACUUUUUAAUGGCUUUUGUGUUCCGGAGAUGGAGGGUCCUCCUGGUGCUCAACGUGCUCGCCGUGGCCGGCUUCAUGACUUUCUGGGCCAAGUGCAACACGCGCAGCGUCCAAGCCGUCGGUCCGGAGGCUCCGGCUGACGGGAAGAGGCCCCGGGGCAACGGGACGGCGCAGGGGCCCAGCAUCAGCCACGAGGUGCUGCUCAAGAGGCUCAGCUCGCUGGAGGACGUGGUGUACCGGCAGUUAAACGGUCUGUCCAAAUCUCUGGGCCUGAUCGAGGGCUUCGGGGGUCGCGGUAAAGGCGGCCUCCCUGCCACGCUGUCGCCGGCCGAGGAGAGCGAUGCUAAAUACCUGAGGGAGAAGUACGGCUACAAUGCCUACCUCAGCGACAGGAUCUCUCUGGAUCGGAUUAUACCGGACCACCGGCCCAGCAAAUGUAGAAAGGUCAGCUACCCCAGAGACCUCCCCCAGAUCUCCCUCAUCUUUAUCUUCGUCAAUGAGGCUCUGUCAGUGAUCCUACGCUCCGUCCACUCGGCUGUCAAUCACACGCCGGCUCAUCUGCUCAAAGAGAUCAUCCUGGUGGACGACAACAGCGAUGACGAGCAGCUGAAGGGACCGCUGGAAGAGUAUGUGAACAAGCGCUACCCGGGUUUGGUGAAGAUCGUAAGAAACCAGAAGAGAGAAGGGCUGAUCCGGGCCAGAAUCGAGGGCUGGAAGGUGGCCACCGCUGAGGUGACAGGAUUUUUUGACGCCCACGUGGAGUUUACGCCAUCAUGGGCCGAGCCGGUUCUAGCCAGGAUAAAAGAGGACCACAAGAGGAUCAUCUUGCCCUCGAUCGACAACAUCAAGCACGACACUUUCGAGGUGGAGCGCUACGAGAACUCGGGACACGGCUACAACUGGGAGCUGUGGUGUAUGUACAUCAAUCCGCCUAAACAGUGGUGGGACGAGGGAGACAUGUCUGCUCCCAUCAGGACUCCUGCCAUGAUCGGCUGCUCCUUCGUGGCCAACCGUGACUACUUCGGAGAGCUCGGCCUGCUGGACUCGGGGAUGGAUGUCUACGGAGGGGAGAACAUCGAACUGGGCAUCAGGGUGUGGUUGUGUGGAGGUAGCAUGGAGGUGCUGCCCUGCUCCAGAGUGGCUCACAUCGCAAGAAUGAAGAAGCCCUACCACAGUAAUAUCGCUUUCCACACUCGGCGUAACGCUCUACGUGUGGCUGAGGUUUGGAUGGAUGAAUACAAGUCCAACGUCUACCUGGCCUGGAACAUCCCCAUGGAGAACCACGGUAUUGAUUACGGAGAUGUAUCUCAGAGGGUUUCGCUGAGGAAGAGUCUGCAGUGUAAGAGCUUUCAGUGGUACCUCGACAACGUUUACCCCGAGAUGAGGAGGUACAACAACACGCUGUUCUACGGUGAGAUCCGCAACUCUAAAGUGAGCCACCUGUGUAUGGAUCAGGGUAUGAAGGAGAACCACACGGCCACCCUGCACCCCUGCCACGGAUGGGGUCCUCAGUUAGGACGUUUCACCAAAGAGGGUCAGCUGUUCCUGGGUCCGCUGGGCAGCACUGGUGAGGACACUCGCUGUGUGGUGGACGACCAGAUCAGCAGCUUUCCUCAGCUCCUCAACUGUGACAAGGUGGCCAACGUGAAGCAGAAGACAUGGCAUUUCACUCAGAACGAAUCGAUCAUAAACCGAGCUACAGGACGCUGUCUGGAGGUGGUGCCGGCUAAUGUUUACUUCGGCCACCUGCUGGUCCUGCAGCCGUGUUCGGGCCAGAGGUGGACCAUCAAGAACACCAUGAAGCAAUAGUCGACUGGCCACUUUCACUGGGACCAAUUACACCAGAGGCCAUUCCUGAGAACCGUCAGCUGACCUCAGCGAGGUCGAUGGACAAACGAUGAGAAGAUCCUCAUCUUCCCGAGAAAGGACUUGAGAAUGGAUGGUUUUAAAGACACAGGUGCUGUUAAGAUUUCACCAAGAAGAGGUUCGGGAACAUUUUUUACAAUGUGGACGUUCAAAAUGAUGCAAGUUUAGCAUGAGGACUGUUUCUCUCUAUGUGAAUUUUACAAACUUUCGAUGUGAUGUUGCCAUAAUUCCUGUACGUGCCACUUCUCUACGAUGUUUUUAGGUUUAAGGAUAGAAGUUUAAUUAACCAAAACUGUCUUCUGUCUUAUGUGGGAAUAAAAUGUUUCUCUCUUGAUCCUCCAAAAUCUUUCUGCAAUAUUUCCUCCUGUAUCAUGUUAUGUCUUUUAAGAUGUGAACAAGAAUAAAAUGUCUGAAAUUAAAUUAUCAGAAAUAUGCACUGAUGAGAAAACAUCAGUAGUUUUCAGAUGCUAUGGGUUGUUUUAAAAUUUUUAAAGACACCUUAAAAUGAAAGACUACCUACUUACGAUAGGCCUAAUUUAAGAGAAUUAAUUGGCCAAAUAGUGAUUUUUAUGUUCUUUUAAAAUGCUAGACCCUGUAAAUAUUUAUAAUUUGAAGAAAAAGGCACUAACAAUAAAUAUUACUUGGUGUAUUAGAGCCUAUUUUUUGCAGUUGUUGUAAGUCAUUUCAAAACACCUCAAAAACCAUAUUGUCAAGAGGGCUACUGGGCUAUAUUGCCAUUUUUACUCAAAGCAUUCUGUAGCAUCAGAUGCACCACAUCUUGUAGCAUGAUUGUAAGUACUGUAUGCACAUGGGAACAAAGUGAAGCUGUGCUGAGUGGAUUUGUUCUGUUACCUGCCGAGUGCCAUAACUACUGCAGAAGGCCAAAACUAAUGAAGCACUUUUUUUGGACACGAGAGAUAGAAGUGCAGAGUACAAGACAAAGAUUGAACCAGAAAUGGAAAAGUGCACAAGUGACUCGAAUGUGGAAAUGCUGGCGGCUGGAAUUGUUAAUGUACUGAGAUGUGUAUGAUGUCAUCUAUUCAAUUAAUUCAGUGUUAUCAGUUGGAUUUUUGCUCCCAAGAUUGUCUUCCAAUAAACAACUGGUUUCCUG